AUGGCGCCCAUUAGCAAGGAGACCGAUUUUCUCGUCAUUGGCGGCGGCAGCGGCGGCUUAGCAUGUGCUCGCAUGGCUAGCUCCCGCUUCGGCGUCAAGGCUAUGAUUAUAGAGGGCAAGAGGUUGGGAGGAACCUGCGUGCCCAAGAAGGUGACUUUUAACGCCGCCGCGAUCGCCGAAACGAUACACCACGCCAAGGCCUACGGAUUCUCGAUACAGGAGACCGCUCCCUUCGACUGGCCUGCCUUUAAGAACAAGCGCGACGCCUAUAUCAAGCGGCUCAAUGGCAUUUACGAGCGGAAUCUGGAAAAGGAUGGCGUCGAAUAUGUUCACGGCUGGGGCAAGCUUCUUUCCAAGAACGAGGUCGAGGUCACCACCGACGACGGGUCCAAUGACGGCUUCUUCGACAUCGAUAAGCUCCCUGGCAAGGUUGCCAUCGUCGGUGCUGGAUAUAUCGCUGUCGAAUUUGCUGGCAUGUUCCACUCUCUCGGCACCGAAACUCACCUCUUCAUCCGCCAUGAUACCUUCCUCCGUCACUUCGACCCCAUGAUCCAAGAGACUGUCGUCAAGGAGUACCAGCGCCUGGGCGUCAAGCUUCACCAAAAAUCCCAGGUCUCCAAGGUUGAGAAGGAUGAGGCUACGGGCAAGCUCACCAUCACCUACAAGGAUGCCAGUGGAGGCGAGACGACUGUUUCUGAUGUAGACCACUUGAUCUGGGCCAUUGGUCGUAAACCCGCCACCGCGGAUGUCGGCCUCGAGAAGGCGGGCGUGAAGCUCAAUGAUGCCGGCUACGUCGUUGUGGACGAGUACGAGAACAGCAGUGUUGACGGUAUCUACGCCCUCGGUGACAUUAGUGGCAAGAUUGAGCUCACCCCCGUUGCCAUUGCCGCGGGCCGCAGGCUUUCCGAGAGGCUCUUUGGCGGAGAGCAGUUCUCCACGACGAGGCUCGAGUAUGAAAACGUGCCCUCGGUCGUCUUUGCCCACCCCGAGGUCGGAAGCAUCGGUCUCACUGAACCCGAGGCGAUUGAGAAGUACGGCAAGGAAAACAUCAAGGUUUACAAGACCAGCUUUACCGCCAUGUACUACGCCAUGAUGGAGCCCGAGGAUAAGGGUCCCACCAACUACAAGCUCGUCGUCGCGGGCCCCGAAGAGAAGGUUGUUGGCCUCCACAUCAUGGGACUUGGCAGUGGAGAGAUGCUCCAAGGAUUCGGCGUCGCCAUUAGGAUGGGCGCGACCAAGAAGGACUUUGACCGAUGCGUUGCCAUUCACCCCACGAGCGCCGAGGAAAUUGUUACCCUUAAAUAA